AUGAAUGCACUCUUCUCUAUCUUUACGAUUACAAUAACGAUGGGGUGCGUCUUUGGUAUGCAAAUCAUGCAACCGUUUCAUGUAAUUGAUGAGAGAAUCAGUGAUAUUACCGUUUGGUCUUCCAUUCGAGAAAAACAGAUGGCAACGACUGCCGUGGGUGCCUUCAAUGAAAACAGAAUACCGACGAUUCAAUUCUUAUCGUUUUGCCAGAACGGCGGAAAAGUCUAUAACGACGGUAUUUUCUCCUUCCCAGAGUUGAAAAAUGGUUCGCAAUUUCGUGCCAUAUCUUCUAUAGACGGCUACGUGUUACUAGGAACGUCAAAGUCCGAAGUCAUUUCUGCUGGGAAGAUCACACAAAAAUCGGGCGCUGUGAUGACAUUAAAGCAAAUCGAAAAUUUCCCAAUAACUGCUAUAACGAGCUUUUUAAAUGAAGGGAAACCGUCUUUUCUUGUCGCGACGUGGGCGAUUCCUUCAAAACUUGUUCGAUUUGAUGUAAACUUAGAAGAUCUGAUUGAACAAGGUCCGUCUCUUGAACUUACGAUUGGAAGCGUUCGCUCGGGAGUUUCGACUGGUCAAAACUUUUCGUAUUUCGUUUCAGACGCUGUUCCCUCCGAGCUUGUUACCAUUGAUAACAACAACUUCGUCCAGAAACAGUCGAUUACUUUGCCGUGUCGCUCGAUUCGGAACGGACACUUCGUACGUGGAGAUCAAUCGUCUGAUUAUGAAUUUUCGUUUUGGGUGUCACAUUCCUCUCCGUUAUCAAUAUGUAAGGUGAGGCACAAUAAGGAUGAUGGAAUGGCGAGCGUUGUAUCAUUUUUUCAAAUUGAUGGUACAGAUGAUUUAGCAGGGACGAGCAUUAUUGCAAACACGCAUGAUGGGCAAAUUAAAAUUAUCGUUGGUACGAAAAGUUAUCACAAAGCUACGCCAGCGACUGUAUUUCUUUUAAGAGAUGAUGGAGUGAUUUCUCUCGAAAAGUCUUGGAAGUUUGAUGGAAGUAGUACGAUUAAUUGCAUUCGCUUCGACGAUGAUAUCGCAUAUCUCGUCAAUCGUAAAAGUCCAGGGGAGAUAAUGAGUAUAAAUGUCACGGAAGGAAAAUUGCACGAACAAAUUUCUCGCGAUUUUUCGGAGCACAACGCGUCGUAUUGUCCGAUUUACGUCUACGGAGGUGGUACUCGUACAUCGAAAAUCUCGAUUGGCGCUCCCCUCGUAUUUGAAAUAAAAAUUCCAACGAGAAAUGUAACCAACUCGAGUGACGUUCAGUGGAUGCAAAUCGGGCUUACGGUGGAAACUGACAAGUUAUCAUCCUUAGAAAUCUUCUUUGAAAUCGAUUUAGAAGAGGGAAAGGACCAUUUCUUUCCCAUAUUUCUGGGUGCAUCGCAACUUUCCUCCUCCUCUUCCUCCACGAUUCUCCGGGCAAAGUUUUCGAGCGCGUCUUCGAUUCCACAGCCGGGAAUCGCAAACUUCAUAGAGAGCCGCGUGGCCGCGAGAGACAUCAAAUCGUUCAAGCUCGUCGUUCAGUUUAGCAUGCAAGCCUCCUCGACGACGACGACGACGACUCACAUCCACGCUUCUGCAUCUUCUCGUUGUCGUCCACCUUGGCUGCGCAAUUCGAGUCAACGCGCAUCGCGUUCGUUUUCGUUGAAAGCGUCGUCUUCCAAACAACAACAACAACAACAUCGUGAUGACUUUGAGUCUUUCCUUUUUGAGUGGCAAAGCGAGUUGUGCGACAAGUUGACUCGAUUAGAUGGGAGCAACGAGAAUAACAACCACGAGGGAUUUUGCGACGACCCGUGGGAAAGAGAAGACGGAUCGUUCGGACGAACGAGAGUCUUUUCGGACGGUGAUUUAUUCGAGAAAGCUGCCUGCAAUGUUUCGGUCAUUCGAGGCACUUUAACGGAAACGCGCGCGAAAACAAUGUCCUCGAGAGGGAGAAAAGGUAUCAACCCGAAGGGAGGACAAAAAUACAACGCGUGCGCGUUAUCAUUAGUGUGGCAUCCCCGAAGCCCACACGUACCAACUUUUAGGGCAGACAUCAGGCGCUUCGCGGUUGAACCAGACUCAGCAUCCGUAGGGACAGAAACAAAUGCCUGGUAUGGUGGCGGCAUGGAUUUGACGCCCUAUUAUUUAGAUGAGGAAGACGCGAAACAUUUUCACGGUAAGUGCAGAGAUGUUUGCGACGAGUACCAAACUAGAGAAAGCGUGGAAAAAUUCGGCAAACACUCGCUCUAUCGCAAGUACAAAGAAUUCUGCGACAGUUAUUUUUACAUUCCAGCGAGGCUCGAGCAUCGCGGCGUCGGUGGAUUAUUUUUCGAUGACGUCGCAACAAGGGGGGGAGAAGACGGCGACGCCUCUGUCGCGCCGUCUGAUGCAAAGGCGUUUACGAAAGCAGUCGCUUUGAGCUGGCUCGAUGUUUGGGAGCCAAUCGCGAAGAAAAAAAGAAACACAGCAAUAACCGAACAAGAAUCUAUAUGGCAUCAACAACGAAGAGGUCGAUAUUUGGAAUUCAACCUUCUCUACGAUCGAGGAGUCAAGUUUGGAUUAGACGGCGUGACUCCCGACAGAUUCGAAUCGAUCAUGGUGUCAGCUCCCCCAAGGAUAAGAUGGGAUUACAAAGCUACUCCGCCAGAAGGGUCGAAGGAGGCGCGGUUGUUGGAAGUUUUACGCGAGCCAGUCGAUUGGGUCGAUUAA